AUGUCAUCGAAUGAAACACCGGCACCAAUCGACUAUGAGAACGUGGGUCUGACGACCAGCGUUUGGAAUCUGUAUUUGAAUGUUGAAAUCGCUGAUGUGAAUUUCAUCAUCACAUCGAGCAAUGGACAAGAAGACCGAAUUCCAGCACACAAAGUCCUAUUGGCCUCUAGAAGUGACGUCUUCAAAGCAAUGUUCUACGGACCAGCGAAGGAGGAAGGUGAUGUAAAGAUCGUCGAUACCACGUCCACUGCGUUCAAGCAAUUCCUGCAAUUCUUCUACUUCGGUCGAGUGAGCCUCACAAUGGAAAACAUUGGCUAUGUCUUGGGCCUGGUCAACAAGUACAACAUGCCUGAUGGCAUGAAUGUCUGUGUCUCGUUCAUAAAAGACACACUCACCGAAAACAACGCAUGCACUGCCUACGGUCUAGCAAUACUGUACGAUCAAGACAAUCUGAAGCAAUUUGCUGAGCAACAGAUCAGUCGGAACACGAAAGCUGUCUUCGAAUCAGCAAGUUUCUUGAAAUGCAACCAUGCAAUUUUGGGCCACAUUUUGAAUAUCGAUAUACUCUCUUGUCCGGAAGUAGAGGUCUUCAAGGCAUGCAUAGCCUGGGUAAAAGCGGCAAGUGGACGAGAAGUCUUAACAAGAAAAAUCGUUCGAACUCAUCUCGUGGAUCUGUUUUACGAGAUUGGCUUUGGAUUGAUGACAUAUGACGAAUUUGCUGCAUUGGUUCCGGUAUAUGGAAAUUUGUUUUCAAAAGAGGAGUACAUAGAAAUCAUUCAAAUGAUCGGAUCAAAUGAUUUCGAGUCGAAAAUCUUCAAGAAUAAUCCACGAAUGCUAAAGAAAAGCCUAAUCGAAUGCAAUCGAAUCGAUGAAAACCAAAUGAUUGAAUCAGGUCAUACGUAUUCAUCUGAAGGAAUUGAAAAUGUAUCGUUCAGUUCAAAUAAAACCUUGAUGCUUCAUGAGAUUGUUUGUCAAAACUUGAGUGUUCCUCGUGAUGGCGGUCCGGCAAGUGUUCUUUCAACUGAAGUAACCAUCAUCCAAGAUAGCUGCAUCACAGGCACCAUCACCGUUUUUACUGAAACAUUGAGCUGA